UUUAAAUCUUUUCUCGUGUUUUAUUAUUAUCAUAUUGAAAUUAAUUUAAUUACCAAGAUGUAUUUAUUCAUCUAGAGUAUUGCAAAUUCAUCCACAUUUCUUGCAUUAUGCUGUCAAUUGUAUUGGAUGUUGCUAGACUAUAAAUAGUCAUUAAUAUUUAAAAACUAUUAUUAAUAUUUUGCAAAUUUCUAAAAUUUAAUAAAUAUUUUUGAAUGCUUGUUUAUUUAUAGACAAAUUCGCAAUUUUAUUAUUCUUCGUGAUUUAUAUUGCUAGAAAGUUUUUAAACCAUGAAUGAUAUAUAUGAUUUGGAUAAUAAUUCUGGAAACUUAAGCAUUUCACAAAAAUACAGUGUUAACGAUUAUUGUAGAUUAUGUGCGAGCAAACACAAUCACAUGAUACCUAUAUACAUCGAUGAAGGCAUUCAUCAUAAGCUUGAAAAAAAAUUGAGAACUCAUCUACCUUUUCUUAAUGUGCAACAAAAUGAUUUAUUACCGCAACAUAUAUGUUACCAUUGUGCAUCAACUAUUUUAGUUUGGGAUAAAUUGUAUGAGAGUUGUGCAGAUGCUGAUUAUAAACUAAAAGGUAUGUUUGAAGUGGUUAUUUCAAAUGAACAACUGCUAUGCAAGGAUAAGCAAGAAGACUUUUGUGUUGCAAAUGCACUUAGUAGUGAAUUGACUAAAGAUAACUUUUUUGAUUGUGAAAGAAAAAAUAUUUAUACUGAUUCACCCUUGGAAGAUUUAAUUUCAUUAACUGAUGUAAAUAGCAAUGUAACUGACUUUAAUAACCAGUUUGAACAGUUUAAGAACAUUUGUUAUAAUGAACGAGUAGAUAUAGAUCAACCUGAACAUAUUGAUAUAACUUCUUUAAUAUCUAAUAAUGAUAGUAUAAUGAACUCCAUCAAAAAUCCUUUAAAUGACUCAAAUGAAAGUAUUAAAUAUGAAAACAAAAAGGACAGUACUAGUUUAUUUAUGAAUGAAAAACAGCAAAUACAAGAAACAUCAUGUCAUAUAUGCAAAAUUGUAUUUAAAUCACGGUAUAAUCUAAUACGUCAUUUUCAAAAAAGACAUCCUGAAUGUAAAACAUAUGAGUGUGACCUUUGUCUCAUUAGUUUUUCUACAAUUGACAAGUUCAAGGAGCACUUAAAAUACAUGCAUUCCAGUGACUGUGUAUUUGAUGUAAUCAAGAAUAAUGUGGAAGAUUCCAAACAAGUUAGGUUUGCAUGUGAUGUUUGUGGUAACAUGUAUAAAAACAAAGCAUCAGCUAUGAACCAUCUAUUGACUCACACGUCGAAUAAAACUGUUAUGUGCCAGCUGUGCAAUUUUAUGUGUUACACUAAACAGCAGCUAGCUGUUCAUCAAGCUAAGCAUGACAAACGAUUUAUAUGUGACAUAUGCAAUAAACGUUUUGCACAAAAAUCGCAGCUAGAUACACACAUUAAAGCAGUCCAUUACAACCAACGCCCAUUUUCUUGCUCAUUAUGUACAAAAUCUUUCAAAACCAAAGGCUCUCACGACGCCCAUAUGAUAGUACAUACAGAUACACGUUUUCAUCAAUGUCCAUACUGCGAUAAAAAAUGUCGUAAGCGGUAUGAUCUUACAUUGCAUAUUCGAACACACACGGGUGAAAAACCAUUCAAGUGCAGUGUUUGUGGACGUGGGUUUGUGCAGAUGUGUGAUACUCGCAAACACGAAAUGCUCCAUUACAGACCAGACAAAAAAAAGUUUUAUCCAGUUACUGUAGCAGUUGUUGAAAAAACAAUAAAAGAUUUUCCUUAAAGUUUUUUUUCCUAAAAAUUGAAAUGGUUUAUUAGUCUAUAUUAUUAAUAACAAUUUUUACUAGAAGUUACUCUAAAUUAUGUAAUUGGUUUUAAUUCAUAAAAUAUUGCAUUUAUAAUUUUAUUUUUAAUUGUUUAAUUGUGUAAUUUUUUUUUUUUAUAAUUAAUAAAAAAAUGUACUAAUACAUCUUUA